GGCACGAGACAUCAGCCAUCUGCCAGCUCCCAGCGUUGCGCCGCGCUCGGGGAUGGCAGCUGACCCCUGCGGCGCCGCGAGAGACAAGUACUCGGGGCUCGCGUCCAGACAGCGGGGCUCCCGGGGUGCGGGCUUCCCACCCCCGUAGUCCCUCCAUGGCCCGGCCGCUGACGGUCGCUGUCGCCCUCGGUUGCAUCAGCCUCCUACACCUGCAGCUCCCAGGCGCGUGCUCCCGCAGCUUGCGCAGAAACUUCGUGCCCCCGGAUGGUGGCCAACGACACCCAGGCCCCCGGCAACACUUGGGCCUCAGGAGACCCUUCACCCAGCUUCUGCGAGUGGGUUGUGGGCUGGGAACCUGCCUGGUGCAGAAACUCAGCCACCGUCUAUGGCAGCUAGCAGGGCCAGCUGGCUGGCAGGACUCAGCUUCUGUGGACCCCAGAAGCCCCCACAGUUAUGGCUAAUGUGGGCCCUGGACACUUUGUGGGUACUGGACACUCUGUGGGUCCCAGCCCAGCUGGAAUGAACUUAUCCCAGUUGAUGAAGCUCCCAUCUGGUUGGUCCUCAUAGCUGCAGUCCGCAGCUGGUGCUGCAGCAACUAUGCCCACACGGUUUUGGACACGUAAACCCAUACACAUGUGCAGACCCAGCCAGUCUCCACACAGUGUUUGCAUACCAGUGGGCUGGGCACCCCAGAACUCUGCACACACUGAGGACAGGUGCUGAGCAGAGGUUGCUGACAGCAUCAGGUACCAAAGAGGACUUCAGAGGCAAGGGGGCUACCCAAGUCAGAGUGCAGAAACCAGGGUCCUGGACACCCAGGGGCCUCUCUGAGCAAGCAGGAGAGGCUGACAGGUUCAGUGUGGUCUGCUGUGGUUCUGGUGGAUGCUGUUCUUGGUGUGACUUGCCUUUCUGUCUGACCUUACCCGGGCCCAGGACCUCUCUCUGUGUAUUACCUGAGACACGAUGACACUGCUCCUCAGGCUUGGAUGAGGGACAAGGUUGUGAAGGACUUCUGCCAGCCCCGGAGCUCAGGCUGAAGAAACAGUGGAGACCCCUCUGGGUCCCCUGUGCACAACCAGGGAGGUGGCACAAGGGUUCCAGGGCCAUUAUGGGCCAACAAAAACAUCCCUUUUCCCCUUGAAGCAGGUGUGGUGUGUGUGAGUGUGUGUGUGCCCUGAUCCCUUACCAAAACGAAAAUAAAAGGACGACUCUGCCACCUCAA